AUGUGUUCUCUGCCCUUCUUCUGCCCACAGCAUGAGCUCACCAUCUCUGAGGCUUGUGGAGCGGAGCAGCCCUUGGGCAUUGCUUUGGCCAGUAAGACCUUGGAGGUGGCCCAGGAGAAGCUCCGGGCUGAAGUCUAUGACAGGGUGAACAAAUGCAACAUGCUGCUGUACCAGAUGGAGCAGCGGAGCCGGGCCAAGGAGCAGCUGCAGAGGCGGCUGCAGCAGCUGCAGGAUGUCCGGGUGGCUGACAAGCAGCACCAGGUACAGGUCCCAGAGCCCCUUCCUAGGGUGGCAGCACCCAUGGGGGGUUUCAGCCAGCCCUGCCCCCCUGGGUGGGCACUGCUCUCAGUCCAUGGGCUCACCCCUUGUCUCCAACCAUCUCUGCCCCAGGUGAUUCGUGCACUGCAGAACAGCAUAGACAAGAUGCACACAAAAAUCCACGCUGGGCAGAAGGUGACUGCCCUGUACGUGGUGGUACGGGAUGCCCUGAGGAAGGAGCUGGCCCACCUGCCUCUGCACCUGGACCUCCUGAGUGAGAUGGCCGAGCUGCAGCAUGGGGAGGUGGAAGACAUGGAGCUCAUGGCCUUGGAUGGGCUCCGAGCUGCUCGUGUAGCCAAGGAGCACAUGGCCAGGACAAAAACCCAGUUCCUUGCAGAGAGAGAGCUCAGGCUCCGCACCCUGGCUGCUCAGAAGGAGCCCAUGGACAGAAGCUGGCGCAAGGAAGCAGAAGAAAGGCUUCUGAAAGGGCAAGCCAGGCGUGACCUCACCAGGGACUUCCUGGGCCUGCCCGCAGAGGACCCACCGGUGGCCGCCGAGCCGGAGGCCCCCAAGUCCCAGCUGGAGCGUGAGGCCUGCGUGAUGGAGAAGCUGGAGAAGGCCAAGGCUGCGGUGCAGUGCUCCCGCCUCUGGGACAUCCCCAUCAGGAUCCUGGCACAGCAGAAGUCCCUGGUGGAACUCAAGCAGUACCUCGCAGGGCGCAAGGAGGAGAAGCAGGAGCUGCAGAAGGCACUGAAGGAGCUGGAGAUGCAGCUGGAGGAGCUCAAGUUUCGCCAGCCCCCAGCCACAACCAGGGGGCUGGAGGAGGAGCUGAGGAGGAGGCUGCAGUGGGAAGAGGCUCGGCUGGAGCAGAGGCGAGCCCAGCUGCUGAGGAGCCAGGAGACGCUGCUGGAGUUUGAGAACGGAGUUGACAACCUCUUCGUCCGCCUGCGGGGCAUCCCCGUGCCUGGCCAGGAGCACUCUGGCAAGGCCAUGGGAGUGGACGAGAAGCUCCAGCAGUGCGAGCAGAAGCUGCAGUACCUGGUGCAGCGGGUGGCUGACCUGCCCCCCUCCAGCCUCAGCGAGGAUGAUGAGACUUUUGUGAAGGUCCGACAGCUCCUGGAGAAAACCCUCCUGAGCGAUCCACAGAACCAGAAGGUUCCCUUGGAGGACACGGGCAUGGGGGACCCAGACUACUUUGAUUUUGAUGACGACCACAGUGGCCUUGUCCUCACCAGAGAAGCCAUCAAGAGCCAAGGGCUGGAGCUGAUUGAAAGGAAGAAGCAAAGCAAGAGGAAGUAGGGGUUGC